CUGAAAUACUGGGUGACCAACUGCAAACAUUUGAAGCAGAGGCGGCCAUCUUGAACUCCUGGCUGAGGACAGCAAAGAUGAAGUUGUCGAGUUUGAAGCAGCUGAGUGAGCAGGAUCUGCAGAGUAUGGCAGCCAUUCGAGCCAAGGUGGAGAAGUUGCUGGAGUUCCAGAAGGAGGUUGAGAACCAGCUGCCACUUCGCUCCAAGGUGUUGAAUGUGGGUCGUCAGCUGAUGAUGAGUUCGUCAUACAACACCACUGGUCUUGGUGAUCGCCUCCAGGGAUAUGAGACAGAGUGGGCGGAGCUACAGCGGGACAUCGUCCACACUGAGGAGACACUGCACCAGGCUCAGAUGGACCUCAUGCCGUCCCGACAAGCCCUGCAUGAGCUGGCCGAGUGGCUGGACAUCAUCCGGACACAGCUCCAGGAGGACAAGAACAAGCCCAUCCACAGCCUGGCUGACAUGGAGGUGAUGCUGAAGAAGUACAAGGGGUACAAGAUUGAGCUGAGCAGCAAGCAGCUCACGGUGGACUUCGUCAACCAGCAGGUUCUCCAGCCACACAUCCCCGAGGAGGAUGCAGAGAAACUUGACUUCGCCGAGAAGCUGGGGGAGUUCAAUCGCCAGUGGAAGAUAUUCACUAGUGAUGUGAAUGAGAGGCUGAGGACAUUGGAGAGACUGUCAUCCAAGUUUGAGGACUUUGAGAAGUUAAUGUCUCGGCUCAAGUUGUGGUUCAGAGAACAGGAGGAUAAAAUAAAAAACUAUGGACAUGUUGGUCACACGUCUGGUGUCAGGCAGACACUCAGUGAAUGCAAGGAACUACAACGUCAGCUGAAGGCCAAAGAGUCUGAUAUACAGGCUGCCAAGUCUCUGGCUGAAAGCCUGAUUGACCUCAGUGUGGACUCUCCUGGAUGUCAGCGUGGAGUUCAGGACAGCUUGGACGGACUCAACAGACAGUGGCUCCAUCUGGAGGAGCAGCUCGGCCAGCUGGAGAACACCCUGGAGGGCAUGCUGGGAGAGUGGGGACACUACUCCUCACAGCUGCAGGCUCUCAUGCAGAUGCUCACCAACAUUGACUACUGUCUCAACCGCUACACCUUGGUGGGCGGGGACAUCUCAACACUCACCGACCAGGUCAACAAACUCAGGACCCUGGAGGCAGAGCUCCAUCACCAUGAGCCCCAGAGGGAUGCCUUCCUAGCUUUGUGUCAGCAGCUCACCAAGGUCAGUGAUGCUCCCAUCUCAGCAGACAUCCAGAAGACUGCUGCAGACGUCCAAAACAAAUGGCGCCGACUUUCUGCUGAUCUGUCAACACGACGGAAGCAGUUUGAGCAGUUCUUGCAGCGAUGGCAGAAUUAUGAGUCAGAAUACGACAGUAUCCGCCGUUGGCUAGAUGACAAGGAGAAGAUCUGCCAUGGUCUGACCACCUGCCAGGAUGACCCCACUUCACGCCGCCAAUGUCUGGAGCAGAGCAAGACAUUACAGGCAGAGUUUGACAACAUCCAGAGUCGGGUUUCUCAACUGUGUCAUCUUAGUGAUGACCUUGCCAAAAGUAUGGAGCCAUCCUCAAUCCUGAUGAUGACGUCCAGACACUCCGGACUUGAACAGAGACUCCUUGGACUCCGCCAUGUCCUGGCCCAGAACAUGGAAGCCCUCCAAGAUGACCUGACUUCACUAGAGCAGUUCAGGGAUGCAUUUGAAGUCCUCCGCAUCUUCCUGGAUCAUGCUGAGGUUGUCCUGGAGCAAGCAGAUCCAAACAAGUCAUCAGAUGAGAUUGACCUGAGAGACCGUUUAAACCAGCUGAAGGACCUACAGACUCAGUUCACCAACAAUUAUGCCAAACUUGACAGUUUGAACAUCAUGGGCUACAAACUGGCUCUGGGUGACCGUGAUGCACAGCGUCUUAGUGACCUGAACCACCGCUGGCACCGACUCUACAGCUGCUGUGGGGAGAGAAGCAAGAGUCUUCAAGCCAAUGUGUUGGUGCAGCAGGACUUCAGUUCCAAGUGUGACUCCUGGAUGACAUUCCUGGCCCAGACAGAACAGGACCUGGCAGUAGACAUUGCCGGAAAUCUGGUGGACCUCCGGGAUCAGCAGAAGAUGUGCCAGAAAUUUGAUUCCGAGAUGUACAGUCGGCAACAGGUGCUUCAUGCCAUUAUCAGUGAUGGUGGGAAGAUGCUGCAGGCAGGAGACAUUGAUGACCCAGCAGAGUUUCAGCAGAAGCUUCACCUCCUGUCAGAGCAAUGGAGGAGUGUGGUGCGCCGGGCCAACCAACGGAAAGUCAUCAUUGACAACAGCAUACAGCAGUGGAACACCUACAACAACCUAAGUCAGCAACUCCGAGUCUGGCUAGAGGACAAGACAAUGCAAGAGUUUGAGUUCGAAACAGCCUCACUACAACAGAUAAACAGCAUGCUACAGAAGGUCAAGACCACUCAGCAAGAGUUCCAGCUACAGGAGCACAGCUUCAGACAGAUUCACGAGAUCGGCCGUGACCUCCAGCAGCGGGCUGACCCAGUGGCGAAGGACCAGGUGAAGGUCAACAUGGAACAGCUGGAGCGCAGCUGGUGUGACAGCUACAGCCGCCUUGAGCACCACCGCCUGCAUCUGGAGGAGCUUCUGCAGGAGUGGCAGGAGUGUGAGGAGGACAUUGACGACAUCCUGGCAUGGCUCAGGGAGACUCGGCAGAUCCUGGCGGCAGAUCUCCCUACAGUGUACGACAAUCUCCAGGCAGAUCUCAACAACAGCAAGGAUAUAGCAACAUCAUUUGCCAACUCGGAGGACCGCCGCCAACAACUGUUGUCACGGGAGAGGAAUCUGUCCCGAAGGAUCCACUCAGAGGACAUGAAUGUCUUGGCCCAGCGGAUCCGCCUCCUCAACAAGCAGUGGAAUGAGCUGGCCAGUCAGACACUACUCCGGGAACAGCGCCUCCGAGAUGCCAUGUGUCGCUGGUCUGGCUUCUCUGACCAGGUCCAGGACUUCCUGGACUGGAUAAAGGACAUGGAGAUCACUGUGACUACAAGCCUAGAGAUGCAUGUGGAGGAUCUCCUCAACAGACUUGAAACUGAGGUGCAAGACAAGCUUAUGGCAAAGGAAAGAGAGAAGAACCAGCUAAUGGAUCAAGGUCAUCGGCUGAUGAAGGUCAGCAGUGACAUCCGUGCCUCGGACAUUGAACACCGUAUUGAGAAACUUGAUGAUAGAUGGCAACACUUGCAGUCAGUUGUCAGCUUCAGAAAGAGGAAGCUGCAUGAGACGGUGCUUGCUGUAAGACAACUAGACAUCAGUAUGCGCAACCUGAGCAGAUGGUUGUCAGAUAUGGAACAAGAAGUAGGUGGCGCUAUAGUCUACAGUGAUUGUGAUUGGCAAGAGAUACAGACAAAGAUUCACCAACAACAGGAGUUACAGAAGGACAUCGAGCAGCACAGUGCUGGUGUGGCGUCAGUACUCAACCUGUGUGAGGUGUUGCUCCAUGACUCCGACGCCUGCCCAACAGACAUUGAGUACAACGCUUUGCAGCAUGCUCGCAAAACCCUGGACCAGCGCUUGCGCUCCAUCUGUAAGCUGUCCCCGGAGAGGCGGGCAAGGAUUGAAGAGAGUUGGCAGCUUUGGGAAGUGUUCAAGCAAGACUGUAAGACCUUCAGUGACUGGCUGAUUGAUGUUGAAACUGAGGUCGGCACCUACAGUGUGGAAGAUGUGUCUGUGGAACUCACCAAAGAGGAGAUCAGGAAAUAUGAGACCCUCCAGCGCAACGUGCUCAACCACCUGGGAGAGCUGGAGCACAUCAACAAGCAGUACCGGCGUCUGGCCAGGGAGGGACGCACAGACACCAAUGGCAGUCUGCGGGCCAGCAUGCAGGAUGUCAAUGAUCGGUGGGACCAUCUGCAGAAGCGCGUCACCUCCAUCAUGAAAUGCCUCCGCAACUCCACCAGCAUCCGCACAGACUUUAGCAGCACACAAACAUCCCUGAUGACCUGGCUGAUAGAGAUAGAGUCUCAACUGAACACCAUCCAGCGGCACUCCAGUGGAGACAUGGCAACACAGCAGGCCCAGAUCAGUAGACUGGUGGAGGAGAUCAAUUCAAAGAGGAGCAGGUUUGAGUACCUGGACCAGUCAGCUGUAUACUUGAUGCAGAAAGGUGAUGCUGACGAGGUGGUGCAGGUGCAGGGGGACCUGGAGGAGAUACGGCGACGCUGGAAGCAGGUUCUGGAGCAGGCCACUGUGUACAACAUACAGGUGUCAUCUACAACACAGAUUGAGGAGACACGUCUGUUUGAGCAGAGGAGUACCAUGGUGAAUCCUGAUGAGGAGGAGAUGAGUGUCACAUCUGUCGAUGUGCGGCGGAGACAGAUGCAGGAUACAUCAGCCACAGUAGACUUGGAUGUCACAGAGCUGGAGGCCUACUUGGCCAGUUCCCCACCAGAGAGCCCCCCACAGAAACGUCGCACAAUGCCACGAUCAUCAACUCUAGACACAGAUGCCAGCAAGCGAGUUGAGAAGCGACAGAAGAUGAAGUCGGAGUUGGGUCAGAAGGGGAAGACAGCCAAGUAUGACCCCCUCCUCAACAAGCUUGGGGAUGCUAUUGAGGAUGCUGCAGGGAAGCUGCUUGUGGCCGAGAGGCAGAUCUCCUCCGGAGCAGACAGCAGUAGUCUCCAUAGUUAUCGGUCCGAUUGUGAGCGGGCGAUUGAGACAGUUCAACGUCUGGAGCAGCGCCUCAAGUCGGAGACAGGCCAGACACGAAUGAAUUAUCUUGACACUCAAGUCAGAAGUGUUGUGCAGCGUUGGGAGAUCCUCCAGCUGCGUGUCACGGAGCGUGAGUACAAGGUGGUGACCGAGCGCCAGGACCAGACACAGUUCCGGGUCGACCUGGACAACAUGCUGGCCUGGCUGGAUGAGGCCGAGGCCCUGCAGUCAGCCCAGCAACCGUUGCCUGGCGACAUGGCAGAACUGGAAAGUGUCAUCAGACAGUACAAGGACUUCCUGGUGCAGCUGGAGUCAAAGAAAGCCCGGGUGUUGUCCAUCAACCUCAUCAGCAAGAACUUCAUCAACCUCUCCACAGCAGAUGGCCGUGAUAUGCAGGAGAAACUCCGACAGAUGAACGAACGAUGGGAGGCAGUCAACUCACGGGCUGAUAGUGUCCACCGUGGCCUGCAGGUGGCCCUGCUGCAGAGUCAGGAGUUCCAUCAUGAAAUACAUGACCGCUACAUGUGGCUGGAGAGCAUCGAGAACAGGAUGCAGAAGUGUGAGCCCAUUAAGCUGAAUGCUGAUGAGACACACCUGUGGCUGCAGUACAACAGAUUGAUGGAGCUGCAUGGAGAGCUGGAGAGGAACCAGCCUAAGAUCCUGGCCAUCAAGGACACCACAGACCAGCUGUAUAUGAACACUGACUCACAGGAGAUGGUUAAUGCCAAAGAUAAAAUGCACAUCAUUGCCAACCGUGUAAGGGCAUUACUUCGGCUGACAUCAUCCUAUAUCUCUAGUCUGGAGAACAAGCUACACAUCUCUGCUCGGGCAUCGCCAGCAAACUUAGAUGUAUCAGAUGUAUCCUCUGGGACAUCGCGAGGAUCACGAUCAAGCAGUCCAAGGUCAUCCCUACUGAGGCCAGGAUCCUCCUUGAGAGUGAGGAAUCGAUCACCCUUUGCCCUCUCACGACAGCUUCUGUUUGGAGACACUCGACCCCUGCUCCAGCCAGCGGACGAAACUGACAAUUUAAAUACCGCACGUGAUAUCGUGUCCCUCCGGCGACGACGGGCACCGCUGUUUGCGCGAGUGUUGCGGACAGCAUUGCCACUCCAGCUGUUGUUACUGCUGCUGCUGGGCAUGGCCUGCCUGGUCCCUAUCUGUGAGGAUGAGUACAGCUGCGUCCUUGCCAACAACCUGCAGCAGUCACUGUCGCCGAUGUUGCGCUACACCCAGGGGCCUCCACCAAUGUAGAUUGCUGAAGUCACCAUCUUUACAGUACACAGAAUGACAGGCCCCCCAAGUGUUGAACAAACAUUGCAUCUUUCUACCAAAGUUAUACACAAAACCUGUUGAUUGGAUCCCAGUUUCAUGUGGUUGCCAUGGCAACUGUUUGAAUCUCUGACUUCUUAGAUGGAUUAUUUGGACUUGCGUGAGCACAGUAAAUGGAACAAUUGUAUGUGUGAUACACUGGGAAAAUAUAAAGUGUUUCUGGAAACCCCGGAAAUAGUGAAUGUUCAGAAGCCACGGGAAACUGUGUAUGUGAGGUCGAUGUUGGGCAGGCACACUUCCGUGUCUCCUGUGAUAUAAUCUCUACAAGGCAGCAGAGUUGGUCACACUGUAGAGGACCUUCAACAACGAGAUGGCGUCACAGAACAUUCUCUGUGUGUGUGACUGGGAGACUGUCUCAAAGCAGGGACCAUGAUAUGACAUAAUAUUGUUUAACAUAAUAAAGAAUUCAUAAUGAAAUAUAUACAUAAUAUUGUACAUAAUAUUUCUCUUGUUGUAAGGUUGUUAUUUACUGCCAUGCUCUAUACACUGAAUUAUUGCAUAUUUUAUUCCUAGAUGUCUUUCUGUGCUUCACAAGUCUGUGAUAGUCGUGCCUUGUAGCUUAUUAUACAUCAAACAGACAUCUGUGUGUCGCCUCGGCUUGUAGGCAACACCACUACUCUGUAGUAGUCUACUGUCACACUGGAAACGAUCUGAAAUAUGUACAUAUCUACUCAGAUGAAUGCUGUCAAUAAUGUUAUUCUGCCAUUUUGUACAAUUUUCACAUCAUCAUCAGUUUAGCCAACAAUUAUCAUCUAUUUUGCUACCUGUAUCAAUAAAGUAAUUAUAUUA